UUUAAAUAUGGAUGGAAUUUAAAUCAACAACAGUCUUCAACAAAAGCACAUUAAGAGCAUAACAUGACAAAUCGGGUUUCAUUUAAAUUUUUAAUUUUAAUUGUAUUUAUAUGUGGAGCAAAAUCUAAUUCAGAUUAUGAUUAUUAUUGGAGAGAUUAUAAUGGGGCAAUUCCACCUGAUGCAGUAUCAGGUGCAUAUGGAGUCUAUAUAGGACAAGUAUAUCGUAAUUGUACAUUAAUUCCUGGCGCUUUGUAUUCUGAAAAUCAAAAUUUUGUGGGAGAAUUUUAUGGAAAAUUUGAAACCAAAACGAAUAUUAAAAUAUUAUGCUCACAUGGACUUCUUAAAUGGGUUAUGGUUAAUUUGGAUGAUGUUCCAUUUGAAGAUCCAGAUUGCAAAUUAGUUCGUGGUGGAUUCGAAGGCGAUACAUUUAAUUGGUACAUCGGUAGAUAUUUCCAUGAAAAUAUGUGGAAAGUGAGUAAAGUGGGUUACCAACAUUUUAAAGCUUUGAGUUUAUGGACUAAUAGCGGUAGUUAUGUACAUAUUAAAAAAUUUGAAGUCUUAAAAGUAUGUAGAUAAUUUAUAGCCACUUCAAUAUAAAAAAGUUAUUAAAUUUUACUAUGAUUGUACCAUAAAAAAAUUGAUUUAAUUUUGUUUUUA